GUCCAUUCCGAUUGGCUCCCGCCAGCUGUCAAUCGCCACCAUCACACAGACGCUUUCAUGGCCGUCCAAAUAUUGUCAACAUUACAAGCGACCGUCGCAGCAACAUUCCGAGCGGCUUUAAAACCCACGAAGGGUUUGUGGUGCAGCAGAUGUCCAAGUACAGACUCUUCCUCCUGAGGCAUGGCGAGGGGGCGUGGAACCGCGAGAACCGCUUUUGCAGCUGGGUGGACCAGAAGCUGAGCGAGGACGGCGUGAAGGAGGCCCGGGACUGUGGCAGGCUCCUGAAGGAGCUGGGCUACAAGUUUGACGUGGUCUUCACCUCCAUCCUCAGCCGCUCCAUCCAGACGGCCUGGCUGGUGCUGGAGGCCAUGGGCCAGGAGUGGGUCCCUGUGGUCAAGUCCUGGAGGCUCAACGAGCGCCACUACGGCGCCCUGAUAGGCCUGAACCGGGGGGAAAUGGCCCUCCAGCACGGCGAGGAGAAAGUGAAAUUGUGGAGGAGGGGCUAUGACAUUACCCCGCCCCCCAUAGAGGAGCAGCACCCGUACUUCCAUGAAAUCUAUAACGAUCGCAGAUACACCACGUGUGAUGUGGAGAAGGAGAAGCUGCCCCGUGCCGAGAGCUUGAAGGAGGUGUUGCUCAGGCUGCUGCCCUACUGGGAAGGCACGGUGGUGCCAGAAAUACUGGAAGGAAGAACGGUGCUCAUUUCCGCUCAUGGAAACAGCUGCAGGGCCCUGCUCAAACACCUGGAAGGAAUAUCGGACGAGGACAUCGCCAGCGUGACUCUGCCCACGGGGAUUCCCGUCUUGCUGGAGCUGGACAAAGAUCUGAGGCCCGUGAAGGCUCGCCAGCUGCUGGGAGACCAGGAGAAGAUCCAGGCUGCCAUUAAAAAGGUGGAGGAUCAGGGGAAAGCCAAGGCAAGCACUUGAAACGCACGCGAGACCUUCUGAAGUCACGCUCAUUACUGUAAAACUGUUGCUCUGACCUGACACUGUGUAGAAGCUUCCUGUUGUUUUGUCUCUAAAUGUGCUUUACGUACUAAAUUAUCAUUUAUUUCAUGUUGGAUGUAGCGCUAGUCGUGUGUAGAAAUGUUUGUUCAUACACUCUGCUAACUGAACACGUUUACAAUGUCGUCAUGCUGACAAAAACAAGUCUUAACAGCGGACUUGUGAUACGUUUGCUUGCCUGUGAACUCUGUUAGCAUUUCCUCAAAUAGCCCACUGGAAGAAAUAAACGCCGCACCUCAAAUAGACUCCUCAGGAAAAUGGUGGUCCAAUAAUAGGCGGCUGUAAUUACACUGUACUGUCUUUAACACAAAGUCAGACUGGCAUCUGUAAAGCUGACACAGCAAACACUAGGGGUGUAACGGUACACAAACAUUUCGGUUGGGUACGUACCUCGGUUUAGAGGUCGCGGUUCGGUUCAUUUUCGGUACAGUAAGAAAACAUUUAUUUACCAAAUGUGUAAACAAUGGCUUUAUCCUUUUAACAUUGGCAACACUAUAAUAAUUCUGCCCACGUUAAUCAACAUUAAACUGCCUCAAGUUGUUGCUCAGAUUAAAUAAAAUGACACAACUUUUCUUCUACAUAUAAAAAGUGCAACAUUAAACAGUUUCAAGUCAACUCAUCAUGCUUAUUUUAUUACAGCAUUUGGGAAGCCUGUAGUUGAUUUUUAUGAUGUAAAUGUUAUAUUAUUAUCAACAUGUGAUAGCAGGGACCCUGCCAUUCAAAACUAGGCUGCUGCAUUACUAAUGAUUCAUGGAACUAUAGCUGAAAAAAUAGCAAUAGGAGAGACUAUUCAUCCCUGAACACCAUGGAGUUCAUGUAGGCUUAAUGAUGCACUUACAUUAUUAUAUCAACUAUCAGAGACAGAAACUCUUCAUUUAACAUAAUGUCCUUUUUUGCUGCUUCAACACAGCUCAAUCAACACAGAGAAAGGUCAAGUGAAAUAACAGACAGACAGGGCUUUGCUGUCCGUAACACACACACACACCGCAAAAUGAGCUAACGUUACGCUAAAAGCGAAUUAGCCUUCACCUCAAGCCAGGACUGCGAGCGAGCUGAGCUGCCUUUUAUAUUUCUAGAAGGUCAACGGGCUCAUAGUGAUGUUACUAGUAGUUGACUGGGAGGUGUUUAUUAUCACAUUUGGGGAGAGUCCGCUGCCUGAUGAUUACCUGCUAAAUGCUAAGCACUGACUACAUGCGCUCUGAAUACACACUGCUGAUUGGCUGUUACCGCUAUGUGUGUAACCAAUCAGAUGGUUGUGUGGGUGUGACAAUGCUGGGUGUUGUGUAGAGGACUGACAGAGACAGGCAGAAGGAAGCGGAGGCGGCUACUUAGUAUGUUCGUGUGGAAACUCGUUCGGUACACCUCCGAACCGAACUGAAACCCCUGUACCGAAACGGUUCAAUACAAAUACACGUACCGUUACACCCCUACUGAUGAACAUUGAUGAGUGAAUAAUAAGGACUAUAGAACAGUAUUUGUAUUACACUGUAUGCAACUCCUUUGUACUUGAAAGUGGUUUGGAUGUGUUCAUAUUGUUACUGCUUCCAAUUCUGAUUGGAAGAAUGAAUACUAAUUCUUUUCAAAUCCCUUUGAAACUGCUGCUGCUUCCACUCACAUGGAUUAGGUUAACAAGGGAUAUUUAAAACAUGUUCUGAAGAGUUUAGUGGGAGAUGGUAUAAAAAGUAACGGACACUGUUAACAUAUUUCACCACCAAAACAAUGUCUGCUUUACCUUUUAGACCCCUGCAAAACAAUCACUGUUACUUUGUCACUGAUCUUAAGCGUUGUCCAAGACUAAAUGUCAGCUUUUUGUGACCUAAAUAAAGACAUUUGAUGAAAAAUGGGCGCGUAUCUACUGUUGCUUUGGUCCUUUUAUCGAGCACACUGCAAAAAGUGAAUUCUGAGUAAGAUGAAAUAUGUCAAAUAAGGUGAUAUUUGCUUAUUUUCUGUCUGAUAAGAUCAUUCUUCUCACUAAGCAGAUUUGAUGUUAGAGUGUUUUACUUGUUUUAAGUGUUUUGCUCCUAAAUUAUGUCAGUAAGAUAUUACAG